AUGCAGCUCUACCUGACUCUUGUGAUGUACUUCGACAACAAAUCUUUUGGCCAGAGUUAUCCGGAGGAACUGGAUGGUACCCUUGAUUGCAGUAGCAUAGCCCUUACUUGCCGGUUCAACCGUUGGGGUUCGCUGCUGGCCGUUGGAUGCAAUGACGGACGGGUGCUGAUUUUCGAUUUUAUCACUCGAGGCAUCGUGAAAGCGAUCGCUGCGCACGUACAGCCGGUCUGCAGCCUCAGCUGGAGUCGCGAUGGUUACAAACUGCUGACAGCCAGCACCGAUAAUACGGUAGCCAUUUGGAACGUGCUGACCGGUGAGUGCGAUCGACGCUUCCGUUUUGCUUCGCCCGUACUGAGCGUCCAGUUUCACCCUCGGAACAAGCGAAAGUUUUUGAUCUGCCCUCUCAAGCACCCCGCGAUUUUGGUCGACCUUGACGGUACCCAUGCGUUUAUCCCGACCGAGGACGAGCUAUGUUCUGAUUCUUAUAUGGUCGCGUCUUUCGAUCGUCGCGGCCAGUACCUGAUAUCGGGAAACAGCAAGGGGAAGAUCAAUGUUUAUUUGACGGAUACGGUUCAAGUAGUGGCUUCUUUUCGUUUACCUAGCUGCCACUGUGUUCGGUCCAUUGAAACGUCCAAGCGAGAACAGAAUUUUCUAUCGAAUUCCAAUGAUAGGGUAAUUCGCAUCUUCGAUCUCGAACAGGUGCUGAAGGCAGGCAUCAACGGUGACCCAGAGCCGGUGCACAAACUGCAGGAUCUGGUUAACAAAACCCCUUGGAAGGUCUGCUGUUUCUCGGGGGACAACGAAUAUGUUUGCGGUGGCAGCGCCCGUACCCACGCCGUAUACAUCUGGGAGAAGAAUAGCGGCAGUUUGGUAAAAAUUCUUCACGGCGUGAAGGGCGAACAACUGCUAGACCUGGUUUGGCACCCAGCUCGGCCGCUCGUCUGCUCUAUAUCGAAUGGUAUCGUAUCCGUGUGGUCCCAAACCCAUGUGGAAAACUGGAGUGCUUUCGCACCAGAUUUCAAGGAAUUGGACGAAAAUGUAGAAUACGAGGAACGCGAGUCUGAAUUCGACUUAGAAGACGAAGACAAAAGUGUGCAACUUAAUGCGGUUCGUCAUAUUUUCAGUGACGAAGAGGGUAGCCAGGACGAUGUUUUGUGGUACUUGCCAAUCGCACCUGAAAUUGAGGAUCCUGAAGAAAAUAUCUAUGCAAAUUUACCCACUACCGAUUCAUCAGCGGAUAUUCCUGCAGAGCAGCAGUCUUUAGCCGUUUCCGGAACAAAGAAACUUCCAUCACCGGUCGAUAUCCCUGUUUCUGGUUCGACUACUAUCGACGAACUGCUGGUGAUGACUUCGAAUGCGAAUUAA